CUCCGGGCUCGUUCAGUCUCUGUGACACGCAGCGUGGAAAGAUGGUGCUCGACUUGGACCUGUUUCGAACCGACAAAGGCGGCGAUCCGGAAAUCGUCCGUGAAACUCAGAAGAAAAGAUUCAAAGAUGUGACGCUGGUUGAUAAACUGAUCGCCGCAGACACGGAGUGGAGAAAAUGUCGCUUCACUGCAGACAACCUCAACAAAGCAAAGAACCUCUGCAGCAAGAGCAUCGGGGAGAAAAUGAAGAAGAAGGAACCAGUCGGGGAGGAUGAGUCUGUGCCCGAAGAAGUGAACGUGGAGUCCUUAACGGCUGAGACCUUAUCGGCUCUGACAGUAACCCAGAUCAAGAAGGUGCGUUUGUUGGUGGACGAGGCCGUGGAGAAAACCGACAGCGACCGGCUGCGUCUGGAGGCCGAGCGCUUCGAGUACCUGAGGGAGAUCGGGAACCUCCUGCACCCGUCCGUCCCCAUCAGCAACGACGAGGACGCAGACAACAAGGUGGAACGCACCUGGGGCGACUGCAGCGUCCAGAAGAAGUACUCCCACGUGGACCUGGUGGUGAUGAUCGAUGGGUUUGAGGGGGAGAGGGGAGCCAUCGUUGCCGGGAGCAGAGGUUACUUUCUGAAGGGCCCGCUGGUGUUCCUGGAGCAGGCUCUGAUCAAUUAUGCUUUAAGGAUCCUCUACACCAAGCAGUACACCAUGCUCUACACCCCCUUCUUCAUGAGGAAAGAAGUCAUGCAGGAGGUCGCCCAGCUCAGCCAGUUUGAUGAAGAGCUGUACAAGGUCAUUGGCAAAAGCAGCGAGAAGUCGGAUGACAGCGCCAUAGACGAGAAAUACCUCAUCGCCACCUCUGAGCAGCCCAUCGCGGCCUUCCUGAGGGACGAGUGGCUCAGACCCGAGGACCUGCCCAUCCGCUACGCCGGCUUCUCCACCUGCUUCCGACAGGAGGUCGGCUCCCACGGCAGAGACACCCGCGGCAUCUUCAGGGUGCACCAGUUUGAGAAGAUCGAGCAGUUCGUCUACGCCUCGCCGCACGACGGCAAAUCGUGGGAGAUGUUUGAUGAGAUGAUCGGCACGGCGGAAGAAUUCUACCAGUCACUAGGAAUCCCUUAUCGCAUCGUGAACAUCGUCUCCGGUGCCCUAAAUCAUGCAGCCAGUAAGAAGCUGGAUCUGGAGGCCUGGUUCCCCGGCUCAGGAGCCUUCAGAGAGCUGGUCUCCUGCUCAAACUGCACCGACUACCAGGCCAGACGCCUCCGCAUCCGCUACGGGCAGACCAAAAAGAUGAUGGACAAGGCAGAGUUUGUGCACAUGUUGAACGCAACCAUGUGUGCGACCACGCGUGUGAUGUGUGCCAUCCUGGAGAACUACCAAACCGAGGAAGGCAUCGUGGUUCCAGAGAAGCUCAGGGAGUUCAUGCCUCCUGGUUUGAAUGAGAUCAUCAAGUUCGUCAAGCUGGCCCCCAUCGAUCAGGAGCUGAGCAAGAAAUCCAAGAAACAGCAAGACGGAGGGAAGAAGAAGAAGCAGGGAGGAGGAGGAGGAAACCAGAACCUGCCCGAAGCCAUGGAAACCAUGUCCGUCAACGACUCGUAGACCACGGCCUCGACCUCGGCUCGGCUCGCCAGCCUGGCAGAUACACAGGGAUGGAACAGAGCCUCGUGCACUGUAACAAUCCGGGAUCAGUUGUGUUGUUGAAGUUUUCUCUGUCCCGUCUGUGUCUAUCUGAGGAUGGUGGCUCUCGUCUCAUCUCAUUCAUAUAAAUCACACUGAAAGAAAUAAUAAUAAAAAAAAAAAAAGGGAUCAUUCUGCGUCUUCUUCCCCCCUGUCCGCCUCACAUCUGUCUCACUUAAAAGAGAAAAUCGCUUCAAGUCAUUGUUGAGCUUUUAGGGAGGUCUUUGUAUGUACCUGCUAAUAUCAUGAUUUAUACAUAUAUAUGUAUAUGUAUAUAUAUAUAUGAGCGACUGACUAUGUGGCUCCUCCUGUGAUCAAUAAAUAAAGCCGACGCAGAGCGCU